GUGAAAGUUUGGUUAUAGUUUUUGUGCGGGCUUGUCGGGUUUGUUUACGAAUUUUGUCUAUCGAGUUUUGCCACAAAAGAAAUAAUAAUCGUCCAUAAGAAACGUGUAACAAUUAAGAAACCAAUUAACAAAAUGGCAGAGAAGAAAAUCUCUUUCGGUUUCAGCAAAUCCAUAAAACCGAAAAUAUUGCCGGGAACUGCAACGAAAGCCGACAACAGCAUCGAACUGAUCAAAUGUUUGGAAGGACAAACGAUUAAAAUUAUCGGCGAGGUGAAAAAAGAAGAAAAACCGCUAAUCAUUCCGCUGAAGAACAGUACGAAAACAUCAGCAGCGCUUGCCGCUCUGCAAGCAUUGAAAGACACACUCGAAGGAAAUGAAAAUCCAAUCGAUGAAAAUGUCGACAACAAGAUCGCAGACAACAGCGACGAUCCGAAAACAUUGGAACAACGAGCCGCACAGGAAAUUUUGAACAGUCUAAAGGAACGCCAAGAGCUCGAUGACGAUGCGAAUAAAGUGUUUUCACUGCCAUUAAAAGUAGACGAAUUACCGUUGGACGGUGCGGUUGAAUCGACGUUAAACGAUUAUGAAGACAUACCCAUAUCACAGUUCGGUUUGGCCAUGCUUCGUGGCAUGGGCUUUAAAGAUGAAGUGAAAAGUGAGAAGAAAAUUGCCCACGAUGAACCGAUGGUUCGACCGAAGGGACUGGGCCUGGGCGCGGAUAAAUUGGUGAAACCAAAGACAUUGCUAGUUGCGCCAGCUAAGGAUGAAGUGUUGGAAUUUAAGAAAAAUGCGUGCGUGCGAAUACUGUUGGGGAAGCAUAAGGAUAUGUAUGGACAGAUCGAAAGUCUUGACGACCAUUCUGGCCGGUUACUUAUAAAAUUGGCGCUCGGAUCGACAAAGGAUUGGUUCAAUGAGUUUAUGGUUCAACCGGUAUCAAAGGCUGAAUAUGCGCAAUACGGAAAAGUUCUAAAUUACGCAAAGUAUGAAGAAUACAAAAAGAAACAGGAAGAUAAGGAGCGACUGGACAACUUAAAAAUUGAAAAGGCCGAAAAUUUGGAAAGUACGAGUACGAGCAAGGCAUAUCAACGCAGUCAACGACGUUCAUCUACACCAGAGGAAGCAACUGAUCGCCAAAUUAGUUCGACGAAAAGUCAUAAGCAUCAACAAUACUCCGACAAACAAUCGUCACAUCGUGAUCGAAGUUACUCCCUAUCUGAUGAUGAUAGAAGGAAUACAGACAGAACAUCAAAGUAUCAGUCAUCUCGAAGGGACUCAUCUCCAGAUACAUCUACCCGCAAGUCAAAGAAUCCAUCGAAUCGAAAAUCAUCGGACGACAGUGACAACGAUCAUCGAGCGAAAUAUUCGUCAUCGAGCCGGUCUACCCAUAAAAAGACCAAAUCGAAAAAGCAUUUUAAAUCGCGCAGCUAUUCCAAGGAUCACCGGCAGCGCUACCAUUCAUCGGAUGAAGAAGACAAACAUUACAAUAAGAAAACUAAAAAGAGUAAACGUGCACGAUCUCGGUCCAGGGAUCGACGAUAAACGUUAUGUUCUUGUAAAAUGUAUUGGAAAUUUUGCCUCGAAACUUAAUUAAAUUUGUAAAGGAAACGAA